ACUAGUUAAUAGGAUAUUAAAAUUAUAAUUAAAAUAUUAAUUUUUAAAGUUGAAAUUCUAAUAGAGUUGGACAUUUAAAAUUAGAUUUGUGAUAAUUAAUUGUAAAUAUUUAAAUUAUUAAAUUAAAUAAUAAAAAACAACAAAACAACAUAAAUAAUAAAGAAAAUAAAAAAACUUCUUAGUAAAUUUAUUAAUCCCCUCCCUUUACACUUUUAUGUAUAAACAUAAACAAAGACUUUGAUAUUAAAAGUAUAAUUAAAGACGAUCGAAGACUUGGCCUUCCUUUAUAAACCUUUCUUCCUCUAAUUGAUCUCUAUGCAUCUUUCUUUCUUUCUUCCUCUAAACUCUGAACAAUCUCUUAAUCUCUAAGCUUUGUGUUUCUUCUUUAUUUAUUUCUCAUUCGGGACAACACACUCUUGUAUCAAUAGUUUGCUCCUUGGCCAGUUAAGGAAAAAAAAAGGUUUGUGAAAUUGGAAAAUCCUGUAGGUUCUGUUGCCAGUGAAAUUGGAAAAUCAUUAGUUGCCCCUAUCAAACGACAUAUUGGCUACCUGAUUUUUUACAAUCGCAACAUUACGAACCUUCAAGAUGAAAGAAAGAAGCUAGAUGAUAAGAGGGCGGCAGCUGAUCUAUUCGUGCAAGAUACUGACAAGAAGUUUAAAGUCCUAUUCCUGGUGUACCCCAUUGGAAAGGAGCAGCAGAUGAUCUCAGUCAAAAGGUUUGUGAAUUUCUGAAAAAGGAGAAUCCUGGAGAAAGAAACAAGUGUUUGAAUGGUUGUUGUCAAAAUCCAUGGUCACGUUAUUCGUCAAGCAGGAAAGCUACAAAGAUAACCGAGGAUAUUCGUAAGAAGAUUGAAGAAGCUCCAGAAUUUGGUGUUGUAGCUUAUGACGCGCCUCAACCAUACUUGGGAGCUACAUUCAACCUUGAAGGCGUCAAGGACUUCCAGUCUAGGCUAUCAGUUAUUAAUAAUGUUUGGGAGGCUUUGAAGAAUGAUGACUGGAAAAGCGGGUAAGCUGCAUGAGUGGAUUGUGAAGUGUGAUAAGAGGGUUCUUUUGAUAUUAGAUGAUGUAUGGGAGGAGGUGGACUUUGAAGCAAUUGGACUUCCUUUAAGAGGUGAUAGAAAGGGCUACAAAAUUGUAUUAACUUCACGAAAGGAUGACCUCUGCACUAAAAUAGGAAGUCAAAAGAACUUCCUUAUUGAUACUUUAUCGAAAGGAGAAGCUUGGGAUCUUUUCAGAGAUAUGGCAGGCAAUUCCAUUGACAGAAUUUUGCUUGACACGGCAAGUGAAAUUGCUGAUGAAUGUGGAGGCCUACCUAUUGCCAUCGUAACUUUGGCCAAGGCAUUGAAAGGCAAAUCAAAAAAUAUCUGGAAUGAUGUGCUCCUACGGUUGAAGAAUUCCAGCAUCAAAGGCAUCCUAGGAAUGAAGAAUGUGUAUUCCAGACUUGAACUGAGUUUUGAUCUUUUGGAAAGCGACGAAGCCAAGUCAUGUUUUCUGCUUUGUUGCUUGUUCCCUGAAGAUUAUAAUGUUCCAGUUGAAGAUUUGGUUAAUUAUGGGAUGGGUCUGGGGUUGUUUGAAGACGUGCAGAAUAUACAUCAAGCAAGAGACAGAGUUUAUACGCUUAUUGAUGAAUUGAAGGGUUCGUCUUUGUUGCUUGAAGGCGAUACAAAUUUUUAUGAGUCUGUCAAAAUGCAUGAUAUGGUACGUGAUGUCGCCAUAUCAAUUGCCAGAGGUAAGCAUGCAUAUAUUGUAAGCUGCGAUUCUGAAAUGAGAAACUGGCCUUCUGAUACAGAUAGGUAUAAGGGUUGCACUGUGAUUUCACUUCUUCGAAAAACAAUCGAGGAGCACCCUGUUGAUUUGGAAUGUCCAAAGCUACAACUUUUACUGCUCAUAUGCGACAAUGAUUCACAACCUCUACCUAACAAUUUUUUUGGAGGUAUGAAAGAACUCAAAGUUUUACAUUUGGGGAUCCCAUUACUUCCACAACCACUUGAUGUCUUGAAGAAACUUCGAACCUUGCAUCUUCAUGGUUUGGAGUCUGGAGAGAUAAGUUCAAUUGGAGCACUAAUUAAUUUGGAAAUUCUUCGAAUUGGAACUGUUCAUUUCAGAGAGUUGCCAAUAGAAAUAGGAGGACUGAGAAAUUUGAGGGUACUGAAUUUGAGGGGAAUGUCAUCCCUCAGGUACAUUCCAUCAGGUAUAUUAUCAAGUUUGUCCAAGCUAGAAGAGUUGUAUGUGAGUAACGAAUUCAAGGAGCUAGAGUCUCAUCCAAUAACUGCAUUAGAAAUUAAUGUAUUAAAUUUCUUAGUUUUGCCUAAAGAGUCAGUCAUUAGCCCCCUAAGAAGAUUUAAAAUCUCUAUACAUAAAAACAGUGAAUACUCAAAUUUACGGUGGUUUUCAAUUGUCAAGGAUUCAGAGAAUGAGUUGAAUAUUGAAGGCGAUAGCAAUGAUGUUUUAGCUAGUGGGAUCAGUGCUUUAUUGAGGAACACUCAAGUUUUGAGACUAAAGGUGAACAAUUUGAGGAAUUCUCUCUUGGAGUUAAAAGAUGAACGUUCAAAAGAAAUUUUACAGUUGCAGAAUAAGGAUCCAGUUGUUCAACUUGAUUGGAAAAACAGCCACAACCGGUAA